CUCGUGCACUUCUGCACUGCCUGUAUUGGAAAAUAAUAUGUACCUAGGUUCAGAAGGUGAGAGAACUCUUUUCUCGGUCGAAGCAAUCAAUGGUCGAACGCUGCAAGCUCAUUCACAUUUCGUUAUGGAAGAUGAAAUUCUUCUUUUGCCUGGUACACGCAUGGAAGUUCAAUCACAGUUUAGUCCCGCAACUGAUCUUCAUAUCAUUCAUUUGAAGCAAAUAAAACCGGUCGAAACUCUUCUCGAACUUCCGUUUGAAGGCAAAUUUGAGAGAGAGAGAAAUAUAUGAACAAAUGUUUGAAUUUUUUGUUUUAGGAGCUCUUCUCUAUCCGCCUGAGAACAAGAAAAAACCUUGGUACAAGAAAAAGCGAACAAUAUUUGAACUAACUCUAAUCAUCAUAAUCUGCAUUGUUGGUAUGAUUGUUGGUGCAGUACUUGGUUCGAGACGACCACCACCACCUCCAAUAUGUUGGCCUCGAAGACCGAACCUGGUAAUGGAUUAUUUUUGGUCAUUUGAUUGUGGUGAUGCUCGAGAAGAUUUGACUGGUUUGUACAAUGGUACAUUUGUAAAUGGUUCUAAAACCGUUUCACCUGACUUUUCUGGGCAAGGUCAGGCAUUGUAUUUGGAUAGGAAACAAUAUCAAUACGUUAUUCUUCCUCGUUCAUUGAAUCUAACACUCAAUACAAGCUUCACAGUAUCUGCUUGGUUAUUAGUGGCUGGUUAUCUGAGAAAAACUAUUUUAAGUGACUGUAAUAACUUUAAUCCAACAUGUAUCAGCUUUAGUAUCACUGAUACAACUAUUAAUAUUCAGCUUUCAAAUUGGGACAAUGCAAGUUUACUACAGGAAGUCUCUGUUUCUGUCCAGGACUAUAUUUGUCAAUCUUGUUGGAUUCAUGUAGCGUACUCAUUUGAUCGUCAAACUAGAUUAACUAUUUUCUAUUUCAAUGGUAUCGAAAUCGAAAGAAGCUAUUUGAAUUUGACUUAUAAAAUCUCACCACAAGUGGACAAAACCAAAGUAUCCUAUAUAGGACUAAAUGCAGUAACAAAGACGCGACCAUUCUAUGGUCUCAUUGAUAGUUUGUGUAUUUUGUAUGCAGUGAAAAAUGCUAGUGUAAUUCGUUAUGAAGCAACUAUAUUAUGUCAAUAUAGGUUCAAUAGCGAUGAUAUCAAUGCUGGAUGGGGUCCGAAUAAUAUUCGAGCACGCAGUCAACAUGUCUAUCGAUCAUUGUGGUACAAUCAGAGUAGUCUUCUUUUCAAUGAUAGUGACUCGUAUUUUCAAUCAAGUGGAUUCACUCUAUUGCACUCAAAUGCCUAUGAAUAUUCGGUAGCUUUCUGGCUUCGUUUAAAACUACAGAAACCGGAGAAAGCUAACAGUGCGAUAGCUGUGUUACAGCUAACAUCUUCGAUACCUGCACUAUCAUCAGACAGUUAUACAUGUGUCAUGAGUAUACAUGUUUACCAGGAAAAUCAGACUUUGGGAUAUUUUUUCCCGGGCAUUUUCCAACUAGUCAAUGUUAGUGGUUCAUUCAUUGGGAAUAACACUUGGGUUCAUAUUGGUGUAGCAUACGAAAGUCCGGAUACAUAUUUAUUUUAUGAAAAUGGCAAACUGAUUGCUAGAUACACGCAUCGACGUUUCUCAUUGGUCAUCUCUGAUGAUCCACGAUUUUCUGUGACCGUCGGAGGUGCAUACUUGGAUGAUUCUGACCCGAAUAAGCCUGAUAAUUUUGAACAAAUGAAAUGUUUUGCUAGAAUUCCAGCUUUUAAUUAUACGAAGAUGUAUGGAGAAAUAGAUGAUUUAACGUUUUAUUCAAGAGUGUUAAAUGCCUCUGAAUUUUUAACUUUGGCUGAGUCUCAUAUUACAUAG